GGCUACUGUUCUCUAACCAUUGUUAGCCACGUGUCAUAUACGUGUCACGAAGCAUGACAAGCGUCACCCUUGUAAUAACCAUCAAUUUCUAUAAAUCUGCACGCACGAAAGCCUCACAGCUUCAUAACCAGAUUGAUCCGUUGACAUCGAAGUGUUUCAAACUUUCAACUUCGCGGAGCAUUUUUCAGUACAGAAAGUGUUUGACAAAUUUCCUGAAAGAGAGAAAAUGGCGUCCCACGAGGAAAGCAGAACCGGCCAAGCCACAGCCCGAGCCCAGGAAGAGAAAGAUAGGAUGAUGGAGAAGGCAAGAGAAGCCGGAGAAGGAGUGAAAGACAAGGCGCAAGAGGCGAAAGACAAGGGAAUGGAGAAAGCCCAAGCAGGGCAAGAGCGUGCGCGGGAGAGUAAGGACCAGACGGGAAGCUACCUCGGCGAGAAGACAGAGGCUGCCAAGCAGAAAGCCCAUGAGACAGCCGAGGCUGCACGACAGAAAGCGGAGGAAGCGAAAGAGACGGCGAGGCUGAAGACUGCGGAGGCUGCGGAGAAAGCCAAUGAGACGGGCCAGGCUGGGAAGGAGAAAACAGCUGGGAUACUGCAGCAGACUGGGGAGAAGCUGAAGGAGAUGGCGCAAGGUGCUGCUGAAACUGCUAAGCAGACACUUGGGAUGGCGGGUACUGAGGAAUCCGGAGAUGCACCCACCACAACUCGCACUAAUACGAGGGAAUGAUCAAGAAUAUCGAGUCUGAAUAAAGAAAGCAAGCUCUAAUUGAUAUAUGGCUAUAUAUAGCAGCUUUUAUUUCUAGUUUUUCUACUUUACUACUACUACUGCUGCUGCCAUGGUUGCUGCUACUGUGUGUUGUUUUAUGUUCUGUAUCUUUUUUUUUCUUUUUUGGUAGUGAAAUUCAAGGCAGGAGGAGAACUGUAACAAUCUCUUAAUUUGGUUUUGUCAUUUUAUGAAAUGCAAUCGUGGUUUUUAA